AUUCGUAUUCCGGGAACGACAAUCAAAGAGACUUUGUUCGGCUGUGUUCAAGAAGGGUUUGCUUUCCUGUUCGUUGGUGAAAUCAUUCCAAAGAAAAGUGCCAUGGAUACUAAAGGAAAGCCGGCCAACAUCUAUCUUUUUAACUGCGAUAGUACUUGUAAUUUGGAUCCAAUAGAAUCCUUGCUACUAACCGUGCAAAACGACGUGAAGAUGCGGUUUACUGUACACAAGCUUAAUUUUCGACUGAGUGAAAUGUCAGAGAUAAGCGAGACAGUCAUUCCCGGACUACAAAUGGAUUUUGCUGUUUUUGCUGUCCAUGCCCAUGAAUCACGGCUCUCGAUCAACGAAGACAAUGCUGGAAUUGGUUACGCAAGUCUCUACAGAGCUUUAAAGAGAGCGUCUGGUGGCAAGGUGUUGAUAGUCAUCGGUGGAGACAACAGCUACAAAGAUACAGACGAGGAAGACAGAUUUGUGAUCUCGCGUUGGGCACGUAGAAAAGUGGCCUCGCAGUUCGGGGAGGAAGAUCUUGACGGAAGACAGAGCUUCAUCUUUUCCUGGGACAAGUAUUACAGGGAAAUCCAUGAGAAAGCAUUGCUGCAUUACUUUGAUCCCAGCAAAACAGGAAAGAAGUUUGAAUACCAGCCGAAACCAAAGCCACCACCAAAGCCAGUGCCACAGCCAGAGCCGAUUCCUCAGGAACUUUUAGAGCAUGGAGAAACGAAAGUUGACGUGGAAGAAUCAGGUCCGUAUCCAGGCCCGUUGCACUACCCAGAGGGCACUGUCCUGCUAGAAACUCUGGUUCGCUAUGGUAGGAUCUCUUUCAAGGACGGUGACGUUAUGAUCUGGCACCAACAAUGGAAACCGUCCGAGAGGACCAUACUGGACAUAGCACGAGAUUGGGGAACAGUCCCUGAAGCUAAAGUGCAAUUUAGAUCUCUUGGUUCCGGUAAUGUCACUUACACCGUUUCUAAGGUUCAGCCGCGUCUUUGGGCGAGCUUGUUUGAACGGUGUAAGAAGCAACCACAGAUCGCUUUUUUAAUUCUUCUCAGUGUGGCGAUGCUGGGCACUUAUUGUAUUUGGAGGUUAGCUCCGGUUUAUAACCGACCGAGAAUGCCUGAUCAGUAGGGACAGUAUUAGAGUACUUUUAAAACAGUUUAAAGAUUAUGUUGUGUAGAUGUUGAAAUAUUAUAACAGUUUUUCGUUUGAACUGUCAGAACCCCAGACAGAUUUAAGUCUACAUUAAAAACAGUGCACAGGAAAAUUAACCUUUCGUUCUUCUAGAUAGCUAAACCUAGAAAACAGAUCUUAACUUAGAGGGUUCCUAGAAAAGAUUUGGUCAGAUAUACAAACAAUCUGAUUUGUCGACUAUUUCCCACUUUUGUUGCUUACUUUCAUCCGAGGUUAUUAUGUUAUAUGGGGUGAGAUUAGCUAAACCUGGUAUUCCUGCGAACACAAACCAGAUUUACCAACACAAUGUACUGGCUUUGGGAAUUCAUGAAGUUAUUCUUUCAAGUUUACUGCUCAGCACAGUGAUGAGCUCCGACAGAAUCGGCUGUAAGGCCUCUAAGCUGCCUGUCCUUCGAAAUUUUUGUUUCAUGACUUCAGUACUGUAGUAUACCUUUUUCACUUUAUUGAAAAAUUUAAAAUGUAAUUUCGAGUGUAAUUGGUAAUUUUCAAGAGAAUAUUGUCAGUUUUAAGUUGUUAUGGCAAAAAACAAUUCAAUUAGGAUUACUAAAAACGGUUUUUGUUUUGUGAAGUCAAAGUAAGCAAUCAGCUGAUUUCUUUAUGACUUGAUUCACGGAAGUUCUACUGUAGCUAUUAUAGCUAGUAUGCCUUUAUUUUUACCUUUGGGGAAAAAAUAAUUUUCUGUUGUUGUAGUUUUUUUUAUUAUCAUUACUAACCAACUGUUUUCAACAUUAGAUAUUUUAUCAGUUUUUUCUUUCCUGUGAUAAGUUAUCAUUAGGUGUUCACAUCAUGAUCAUCGACUAUGUUAUCCAAGUUGUUCAAAAAACAUAAAACAAUGAAGGAGGUCUAAAGGAAGAUUAAAAUGGACGUUACACAUACAAUGGA